AUGAAACUUUUAAUGUCAUUAAUUUUGACAAUUACAUUAUUAUCAACAAUUAAUGUUAAUGCAACAGAAACAUGGAGAUGUAUUAAAAGUGGUCAAGGAUGUUUUAUUGAAGGUGAUGAUAUCUGUCCAAAAGGAGAAUAUUGCAAUCCAAAUCAAGAAACCUCAAAAAAUGAUAGUAGUACUAGUAGAACUGGUAAUCCAUUACCAAGUGGAACAUGUUUACCAUUAAUUAAAGAAGGACAACCAUGUUAUUUAUAUCAAAGAUGUGAUUUUGGUUUACAUUGUAAAAUUCCACCAACUCAAUUUCCAGGAGAUCAAUAUAGUGUUGAAGGAAUAUGUGUUUCAUCAAAGUUUUUAAUGGUUGGUGAAAAUUGUUCAAAUGAUUCAGAAUGUUUAGGUCGUUUAGAAUGUAAAAAUCAAAAAUGUACACCACAAGAUUCUGAAUAUGGAUAUGAAUGUUAUAUGGAUGAAGAUUGCCCUUCUGGGAACUUCUGUUACUGGGGAUCAAAUAAAAAUCUAUGUAAACCUUUAAAUAAAAUUGGUUCAAAUUGUACCUAUGGAAAUGAUUUCACAUUAGGUUCAAUUUGUAGAAAUAAUAAGUGUAUUGAAAAAUUCUCUUUAAAAAAUGGUGAAAUUUGUUUAGAAAGAGAAGAUUGUGAAUCAUAUACUUGUGAUUAUAAUUUAUUAGAAAAUGGUGAUAGAAAUAUUUCAAUAUUUAAUAAUUAUUAUUGUCAAAAAAAAGAAUUUAAUUCAAAUGAUUGUAAAAAAGAUGGUUGCAAAAAUAAUGGUGAAAUUUGUGAUUUUAAUUCAAAUAAAUGUUUGGAUUCUUAUCCAAUAGGUUCUGAAAAAUGUAAAUCAGCAACUAAACUUAGAGAUUAUUGUUUCAUUAAAAAUAAAUGUCCCCUUAGAACUAAUUUCAAUGUUGAACAAAGAAAUAAAAAAUCAUGCAAUAUAAAAUAUUGUGAAUUUGAAAUUAAUAAUUAUUUAGAAAAUUGCAUUUUAGAAUCAACUUAUUGUAAAUAA